AUGUGCGAAAUUGCUCAAUUUCUUUGGAAGUUUGGCGGUGUCGAUCUUGGAUGCCACAUUAUCGAAGCAUUUGGAUGCACAUUUGCUCGAAGAUUCUUGUCCCAAAUGCAGUACGAGGCAACUGAUACGGUCAUAUCUGAAGAGAAAAGCCUUAGGGCCCAGCCAGUCGUGUAA